UUUAUAGGCAGUGAAUUUACCUUAUUUGCACCAACAAAUGCGGCAUUCGAGCAGUACAAGGACAAUUUGUUGAACCCUAAUGACCCAGAUGCCAAGAGAGUUUAUCAAGAGGUGUUAAAAUAUCACUUUGCCCCUGGUGCCAGACGUUCUAGUGAGUUAAGGAAUGGACAAGUGAUUUACACACUUCAUGGAACUCCUUUGAAUAUUACAGUUGGAUCAGGUGUUAGGAUAAACACAGCCAACGUUGUAAAAGCUGACAUAUUGGCCUCUAACGGUGUCAUACAUGGCAUUGAUCAUAUGCUCAUCCCACAGGACAUCAGUCAAAUAGUUGGAGGCCGAUAGAUGACAUACGGUUAUUCGCUCUUGCAGCGAAAAGACUUUUAUCUGUUAUAUUGAUAACAAAAUAUAUGUCACUUUUUCUGUAAACGUAAUAAAAUAAUCAGAAUUUUUA